GUCACGUGAAGCCUGUUAUCGAUAGCGGCCGGUACAAAUAGUUGGACCAAGACACUUUCAUUGGCAUCCCACUGCGGUCAGUAUGGGGCCAUGGAAUCCUCUCGGUCGAUUCCCGAAUUGAAGUCAUCAUUUAUCCGAACGCAAGUUCGCAUCCUAUCGGAAGCCCUCGAGGCCCCAGAGGAUUGGAGAAGCUAUGCCGCCGAACCAGCAGAGGAGGCCCUGAGUGAUAAGGUGGUUGGCGAUGUGCUACAGAAAUUGAACGCGGCCUUGAAACAACACAAUCGCGUCAUUUACUCGUCUCAGGCGAUCCAGCACGUGGCACAACAGAUAGCAAGUCUAUACUGGUCCUCCGUGAGCCAGGCUACGCGGGAGACGAUCUCGUUGGAAGGGAGCAUCGAUAGAACCGUUGACCUGUCCAGCCACCUAAACAUUACUCAGCUUCCAGGAGAGCUCUACGACCAGUCUGCAAGUGAAGGAGAUCAGCUUAGGUACAAGCGCUUGCGAGAACGCCUUGCUAGCCUCGAUAAACUGCGGCAACAGCGACAACGGCGCCUAGAACAGCUACGCCAGUUACAGCGUCUCCUGGAGCCAUUCAGCGAACCGCAGAACAAUGUCCAGCCCAACCUCGUCACAAGGGACGGAGAACUAGUUCGCGAGUUGGAAAAAAUGAGGAUGCUGGUUGCGCGGGUCAGUGGUCGAAUCGCGCAUAGUCAGAAGGGCGACAAUGGGGGCGAAGCUGCGAUUGUGAUGGGAUCCGAUCAGAAGCUUACGGCGCUUCUUGAGACGGAUUAGAUACACAGCGCGGAGACUGUGGUUCCCAAUGACACUAAGUAUGAAAUACCUGCGAAUCUACUAUAAGCAGCGAUUCCUGGUUGGUCUCUAGUUCUUGCGUGUAGUCACACAGACUGCUCUGAAAGUAACAGUAGAAAUUAAGCCGCUUACCCGUACU